AUGUAUGUAUGUAUAUUAUUAUUAAUAAAUAAAAAGUUCACAAUAAUUAUCUAUAAAUUUCUAUCUAUCUAUCUAUCUAUCUAUCUAUCUAUCUAUCUAUCUAUCUAUCUAUCUAUCUAUCUAAAUAUCAAUAUGUGUGUACCUAAGAUUUCUAUCUAUCUAUCUAUCUAUCUAUCUAUCUAUCUAUCUAUCUAUCUAUCUAAAUAUCAAUAUAUUUCUAUCUAUCUAUCUAUCUAUCUAUCUAUCUAUCUAUCUAUCUAUCUAUCUAUCUAUCUACAUAAAUAUCAAUAUUUCUAUCUAUCUAUCUAUCUAUCUAUCUAUCUAUCUAUCUAUCUAUCUAUCUAUCUAAAUAUCAAUAUGUAUUUCUAUCUAUCUAUCUAUCUAUCUAUCUAUCUAUCUAUCUAUCUAUCUAUCUAUCUAAAUAUCAAUAUGUUUGUACCUAAGAUUUCUAUCUAUCUAUCUAUCUAUCUAUCUAUCUAUCUAUCUCUAUCUAUCUAUCACAUAAAUAUCAAUAUAUUUCUAUCUAUCUAUCUAUCUAUCUAUCUAUCUAUCUAUCUAUCUAUCUAUCUAUCUAUCUACAUAAAUAUCAAUAUGUUUGUACCUAAGAUUUCUAUCUAUCUAUCUAUCUAUCUAUCUAUCUAUCUAUCUUAUUUUAAGUUUCUUUCCAGGAGUGUUUGUUUGUUGAAGAUCAUCUCCAUGUCUGGGGAACCAAAAACCGAAACCAAAAAGACCAUCUCCUCGAAAUACGUCAAACUAAAUGUUGGCGGCCGGCUGUACUACACCACAAUCGAAACCCUCACAAAACAUGACACAAUGCUGCGAGCCAUGUUUUCAGGACGGAUGGACGUCCUUACGGACUCGGAAGGCUGGAUCCUUAUUGACCGCAGUGGCAAGCACUUUGACACCAUUCUCAAUUUCCUAAGAGAUGAUAAAGUCACACUGCCUGACACUAUGGUGGGUCUCACAGAACUACAGGCCGAGGCCCGCUACUACAUUGUCCAAGACCUUCUUAACAUAAUAGAGCCUGCUCUAAAGAAGAUGAAAGAAGAACAGCCCUCUUGUCUGGUCCCACUUCUUACAUCUACUGAAGAGGAACAACAUCUACUGGCAAACACCCGAAAGCCUGUUAUCAAGCUUAGUUGCAAUCGACACAACAAUAAAUAUUCAUACACAAGUAAUUCAGAUGACAAUUUUUUGAAGAACAUUGAACUUUUUGAUAAGCUCUCACACCAGUUCAGUAAGCGAAUUCUUCUGAUUAAAGAUGUCAUUGGAACAGUUGAGAUUUGUUGCUGGUAUUUCUACAGCCAUUCCCAGAAAGUUGGUGAAGUCUGUUGCACUUCGAUUGUGUAUGGAACCGACAAGAAACACACAAAGGUUGAUUUUCCAGAGGCCCGAAUAUUUGAGGAGUGUCUCAACGUACUUCGGUAUGAAAACCUAGACAAGGACUUCAGUACAGAUUUUGUUCGGCCGUCCCGUACUGGUGGUAGUAGUGGUGGUACUGGAAGCAAUUACCAUAGUGACGAUGAUCUAGAAGAUCGACUUGACCCAAAGGAGUUUGGUUCCCCCUUUUUUUUUAUCUCCCCCCCUCUGUCUGUCUCUCUUUCUCUCUCUCUCUUUCUCUUUUCUCUCUCUCUUUCUCUCUCUCUCUUUCUCUCUCCCCCCCCCUUCUUUAAAAAUAUAUACACCACUUGA